UGAAAAUCUGAAAAGGAAGAAACGAAGCAAUAUGUUUACACUUGAUGGAUUUCGCUAAACAUGGUGUUUAUUAUUAUUUGACGGAGGACCCAUAUUAAUUUCCAUACGGAUAUAUAAAAAGGUUAUUGCUAUCAAUGUAUCUUCCCCGAGGGAAGAAUGAAAGGAUCUUCCUUGGAGACUGUUGAUUUUUUGUUGGUAAAUGUAUAGAAGUUUUCCUUUUAUGUUGUAAACAGAAGAGUUAUGGCUGUAUUAAUAGGUCAGAAAUGCUACAACACAGUGUCAUAAUGUAUCGAAGAAAGAAGACAUUCAAGUGCUAUAAACAGUGACUCGUUUUCUGUCAAGUCACACAUUAUUUAAUUUAUAUGACAACAAAGUGCUGUACAAAUUUGAUUAAUGUACCCUUUGAUCGUUAUAGUGCUAUGACACUAGACAGUUGUACCUCAGGAAAGAUGCUGUCAUCUACAGUAACAAAGUGCUAAGGAUUACUUUUUUCUGUUUUGAAUCGCGACUUCUGUUUUAUUAACAGAUUAAAUCCUCCGGCCAUGUGACUUUCGAGAGCACGUUUUGCGGGACAAAACAUUUUCGAUGUGUAGUUUACCUAUGUGAUUUUGCUGGACAAAAUUUGUGGGUAGAUUGUGUGUAGUUAUACUGUAUAUACUCCCAGGACAAUCCCUUGUCAGGGUGAUCAUGCCCGCUAUCAUCUACCUGGCUGUGUGUUUGUAGUGCUGGACUGUAAAUAAACAGUUUGUACAAACGACAUUGAUAGAUUUUUUUCUUGAUUUUGAUCAUCAAAGCACAACACAUCAAGAUGCUGAAUUUAAUGAGGAUUUAGCAGACACGGCAGCAAAGGGAUAAGAUUGUACAGAUAAUUAAACAAUUAAUAUUUAACAUCAGUAAACAUCAGCACUCGAUCAAUAUUUGUGUACCGUGCACGAGUGUGUCAAGUUUACUGUCGGCAGGUGCUGCCAGUAUCAGAUGCACACACGACCUUCAAAGACAUUACCUGGAGAGGUUCCACCCUGACAGUUAAUAAACCUACAGUGUUUACUAGAUAGUUACAACAGCUGUAUAUUUAACUGGAUAUUGACAAUUUUAUAUUUCUACGAGGAUUAAUAACACAAAAACAACUGCCGACUUCUUUUUGUGACAGAUGCUUUUAAUUGGCAUACAUAAUUUAUGCAGUGCAUUUUUACCUGUGCAUAAUUAUUUUUACCUCAAUAAGCACCUUUAGGCAAACUGGCUGUAGUAAAGUAUUAAAGACAUGCACAUUUUGUAAAUGUCAAAAUGACAUUUUCUAGUUAAGAAGAGUACUGAUGCAUAUGAUGACAGAUGUAUGGACUUAGGUCACAUGGUGCCUACAAUAGGAAAAUUUCAUUGAGUGUAAUUGUCCAGGCUGAGAAGAUGAUAAUAUUUCUCUGUGGAUUUAUAUAAUCGAUGCCGAUUAGAUACCUUCAAGAUAGUGGUCAUCGGGUUGGUACAGAUUUGUAUACUGACUGCAGCCAUCAAUAUCAAUAUCAACCAUUGACACAGAUGUGGCCUACAGUGGUACUACACUAGGAAAUGAAGAGUGGGUUAGUGUCUGUAGUAGUCCAGCACACCUUUACACUGAGAUGUGAUUACCAGGUAUUCAGCUGUUUACAAACAGGAUAUGUCCAGUACUUAGCCGUAAUGUCCAGCUGAGAUUGUCAUGGAAUCAUUGACCACUCCAGAUCUUGAUUAGCUAUUGACCAGUGGUUAUUGUUGUGAUAAAGAACCCACAUCAAACCUCUAUGGGAGACACCACAGUAUGCUAUGAAUGCAAUAGUUAAAUAACAACAAUGGGACACACACAUAAAAUGGAGAGUAAUGGGGAAAUUAUUUACAAGCUUGUUUUGGACUUUAGAAUGAUGUCUUUGAUCAAUGUGACAACUCCUGUUACAUUACACUGUACUGACCAUCUGCUGCCAGUCCAGUAUUGUCUGAUUAACAGCCAUUGUUCCUAGGUGUCAGUCAGGAAGCUCAGGUAACACUAUUGGAGAGUAUUGUAUCAUUGGUCAGUGUUCGAUGUAGUGGUCACUGAUCAGCUCACCCUACUGAAAAAUCAACUCACUACUGAACGAUCACCUGUCCUCAGCUUUGACCUUGGAUCUGGCCAAUUAACUUGGUACAACAUGCUCUACUAAUCAGACUUUUUAGUCAUUUGUUGGAAUUAACAAGCGAGAACUGUAAUCAGUGUGGCUUCAGGGAUUAACUUUGUGAGGAUUACGCCCAAAAUAAUGUAUUAUCUCUGAGGAUUAACUGUGAGAUCACCGACACAUGUACCGUUAAUAAAUGAGGAACCAUGAUAAGGACACCGAGUUCACAACUAUAUAUUCUUUAGAAAGUGUCUUGAUGAAGCAGUUUCUAUUUUUGGAUUAUACUGUAAAACAUCUGCUUGUAACAGACUCGAGGAUUUGAUAUCUGGUUUGAUAGAUUUUGAGUGAUAUAUCUGUCUGAUUAGGCAGAUGUAAAGGAGUUAUUGUGCCAGUAUAAAACUCACUAGUCGUACACAACUCGCCUUUAACAGGUAGAUAUAAACAGGACCUCUGUGUAGAGUCGAACAUCUCAUAUCGCAAUGUAAUUGAUCAAGUGCGUGGUUUCAUAUUAGCUUUGAUCUUAUCAUGAUACAAAAGUUCCUUAUUCAGGGUUUAAUAAUUUCAAUUGUGAUGUAAAACUCAGCAUUUCUAUAAACAAAUUGAGUGUUCCAGAUACUAAUGUCGGUUAAGAUAUUGAGUUAGUUCCAUCGGCUGUGACCGUUCAGAUCUGUAUUGAUAUAGGCUUCGUACAAAUUGAUAAGGAUCUUCAAAUGGAAUCUAGAGAAGUUCCCUUCAGGACGUCUUGACUGUGGGCAAUGUAGGUGAGAUAUUUAAACUUUUAGAUUACUGGACAUAUACGACCUUUUAUCAUGGAGACACCCGAUACUUUACCUAAAAAGUUGGUUGAAGAUAAUAAUUUCUCUAGUUGGUGUAAACUUUGGCACAAAUUGUAAAUCGUAAUUUAAUGCCUCAUGAAUUUUUCUUCAUCAAAUGUGAAGUAGGCAUUUGUACGUCAAUGAAAAGCUUUCUAUUCAGAAAUAUAUUUAUCUAUGAUACCUUGUUCGAAACCUGAAUUAUAAAUGUGUAAAGACGAUCUGAAAUUAAAAUCAACAUUCUGAUAAUUCAUUUUAGUUCUGUCAGAAAAUAAGUAAAUUUUAUGUAUAUCGAACUUUAAGUCCAAUCCUUAUCUGUCAAAUCUCCACAGAGUGUCCUAUUAUCAGACCUAUACAGGAAACCAGUGUUGACUUUCCUAGACCAGAUGACAGUGGUCUGUUGGUAGAACCGAAAAAAACACUUCGAAACAGGAAGGAAGGAUUACAAAAUGGUUUAUCUGUAUUGACCUAUUGGGAAACUAAAUGUGCUGUUGACAAUAUUGUAAAUAAAGGCCAGGACCGCACACCUUGGAGACAACCACCACCAUUGUCUAGUGUUCCUAGGGGGACAACACUUUGGGAGGGACUACCCUGAUCUUGUCAACUUUAUACCACUGGGACAUCAGAAGUGUCUCUGCUACACUUUGGAUCUAGUCAGCAUUAUAAAGUCAGUAAUUAGUUUACAUGUGUACGAGUGCCACCUCCACACCAGGAUAUGUGUUGUCAGUGUAUUGGUGUCAUGGACCAUUAUUCAUGAAGCUGCUGAGGGAAUGUUCCAUACUCAGGUCUAUUAUCGGUAACUGUUAAUCACGAUUGAUAUACAUGUGAUUCUGUGGGAUUUACGGCUUAACGUAUCUCAUAAGAUUGUCCACUACUACACAGCGUUGGAUAAAAUUGUCGUCAAAGAUCAGUGUCCACCUCUCGGAGUGGUUAAAAUCCUCAUUGUUUACAAUCUGGUCAAACAAAACUUUAAGGUACUCCUAACAACUUAGUGUUCACGACUAAGACAUUAAUGUUUGUUUUCCAGUGGUAGACAUCCCGCGCUUUACAAAUGUUGACACUAGACUUAGAGGUAAAUCCACAGACCUCAACUAUUUAGAUUCUGAAAAAUACACCUACGACCGACAUACCAAAAAACCACGAGAGCUGAUACUUCAGUAACCAGUUCUGAUGUAAACUUUUACCCAUUUGAUGACUUUAAAUGGAAAAACAUCUGCCUUGUAUGAAUUAUAAAGGAAUAUAAUAAGGCUUCUCACUUGUGUUUGGGACAUUUUACAUCGGAAAAGGAAUUACAAGUUAAUCUUGGUACUAAAUUGGAGGAGUGUGGGAUGGUACAAUGUUAUUUCAGUUUAAUUAUCUCUGUACAAACUGGACAUGGUGUUAUUAACACGUAAAUAGGUGAAGCUGACCUGUUAUAAACAGUAAAACAAAUUACCAACUUGUUGUGUGUCAAUGUUAUAUAGAGUAUUAGUGUACAUAUGUGUGAUACUGUGUUGAUUGUCCACAACACCUGAUAUGAACCAACUCACUCUCUACAUGUGAUUCAUCAUUUUUAUUCACCGGGAUCGAGAUAUUAAUGUGAUUGGAUCCAUAAUGCCCUAUCUUGGAUGGAUUUGUUAAUUAAAAAUUCCAAAUUAAUUUCUUCUAUUUCUCCUUUGGAAAAAGAAACUGCAGUAUGCUUGUUGAAUUGGAUUUAUAUAUAACUUAAUUCACUGUUGACAUGUUGUUUUGCAUCAGGCAUACAUAAAUAAAAAACUAUCAACACACUGCUACAGAUCUAGGCUGGAGUUUCAACAGCUGUCGGCAGGUAAAAAGCUCAUCUAUAUUACCAUUGUGAACAUGUGAACAGAAAUCAAUUGUUUGUGGAAAUUCUACCAGAUGGAUAAUUUAUUACAUGUUAGCCAUUUCGUUCUGGCCUUAACUCUUCAUGAAUGAUCUUAGGUUGGCUGCUUGUGGUAUUUUUACGAGCAGAAAAAAAUGCUUUUAUAUUGCACCUGAACUGUGUGGAUUGUCUACGGGGGCUGGUACCGCGGCCCUGAGGCAGCGUGUGUGGAACUACAGCAUUGGACUGUAGGAUUACUGUAUAUACUCAAAGGUGAUGAAUGGAGUCACACUCUACAUUCAAACUGCUCCUGAGAGGAUUACUUCAGCUGAGAGUAUUUGGCAGACUCCUUGUGAUAAAUAAGGCAGAUGAUAGGGAUAUUAUACCUGUGUGAUGUGAGAAGACUUACCUGUGGUGUAAAUACAUAGAGCUAUCAUAGUGUAUACAGGAGUGUACUUAGGAUGUGGAGCGUGUGACACUGACUAACUGAAACUCUUAAUGAUACAUGAAAUCAAGUGUAACACCAUCAAGUAUCACUUACUCGUUAGCACACACACACAGUACAAGAUAUUUCACAACUUAUAGCUCACGAAAAAGAUUUUCUUCUGGAAAUGAAAAUUUUAAAUUCUUUCGAAAUGGCUUCUGACAUUAAUGAGGAUGAUGGUAAAACCUGUAAAAAUGAUGACGUACCAGGUGAGGGCAGUACUGGCUUGGACCGUUACCAUGGUAACGACAACUUAGUUUCUGAUAGAAAUAUAUGUUACCUUCAGGAGGAAGAUGACAGUCACUUGUGUGAUGAUAUACAAGAUGGAAAUAGUCUUUUAAAACGUUUCUCUGGGAACACGAACCUUGAUUCUAAUUACCUCGAUGACAGUUGCUGUGAUUCUGUGUGUUUGGAAGAUGGUCAUUGUGAAUGUGAUGCGGAUGGUGGUGAUUCUACAUGUACUGUAGAGAACCAUGCCAGUAGUGACCACCGUAACUAUAGCGAUGGUGGCUUUUAUAACCAUGGCGAUUGUUGUCAUGAGAAUAGUGAUUGCAAAGAGAAGUGUUUCUGUAGUAACCAGAGGUGGGAAAUUACAGAUUCGCCUAUCAAGGACUUCACCAAGGUUGUAUUUAAAAGCUCUAGUACUCAACCACAACAACUAGAUAGUGACAGGGAGAAUGAUGACCAAUCAGAACUAGGUCAGGCUAAACCUGAUGUUAACUUUCGGUUAGAAACAAAUAAUGGUUUCCCUAGUAAUCAGUUAGAGACAAAUAAUGGUUGUCCUGGUAACCAAAAAGAGAUGGAUUCUAAUAUUCAUGGCAACCAACAGGAGAUGGAUACUAGUUUCCAUGGUGACCAGCUAGAUAUAGACGAUGAAAGCUAUCAAAGUGAUGGUAACUCUGUUGAUGGUUUCCUAGGUGACCAAAGAUCUCGGGAGGGUUACCAUGGAGACGGUGACUCGUGUGUAUCCACUGAAGAUUUCACCAUAUCUAACGUGUUUGAGGAGAAGGCUGAGAACUUUGUGAUGGCUGCCUUGUUUUGUGCAUCAGAGGAAGGCAAUGUUGAAGGUCUGAAGGAACUCGUCGGCAUGGCACAAAAUAUUGAUCUCACCGCGGCAAAUAGGCAUGGAGAGACUGCGGUUCAUAUGGCUGCCAGUGGUGGUCACACAGAAGUAUUAAAGUUCCUACAGGCCAAGGGCGUGGAUAUCAGUAUACAGGACAAGAACGGUGACAGUGCUGUGUAUUGGGCAGCUCGUCAGGGUCACUUGGAUGUUUUACGACAUCUGAAAGAUGAGAAUGUUCCACUUGACUCUCAAAACAAGUCCGGCGAGUCUGCUCUCCAUGUAGCUGCUAGAUAUGGCCAUGCUGCUGUCGUAGACUUUCUGUGUUCUGCUGGCAGUAAUGUCAACCUACAGGACAAUCUCGGGGAGACCGCUUUACACAGUGCCUCCUGGCACGGAUUCCUCCGGAUUGUAACCUCUCUCUGUUCCUCGGGGGCUAAGAUAGACGCUGACAACAAGGAGGGAGAGACUGCCCUACACAAUGCUUCAGCCCGAGGGUACCUGGACGUGGUAAAGAUUCUUCUCGACUACGGAGCUCCAGUCAACCAGAUGGAUAAGAGAGGAGGCACAGCCUUGUAUUUGGCUUGUAAUCGUCGCCAUAGCAACAUAGCGAUGGUUCUUCUGCACGCUGGCUGUGAAAUGGACAUUAUAGAUAAGGAGAGCGGGGAGUGUGCGCUACACUGUGCUGCCAGGGAGGGACUGUCAGCCGUGGUCCAGACCAUGUGUGCCUUUGGUUGCCAGGUGGACAUCAUCAGUCAGGAUGGCUUUACGCCCCUACACCUGUCUUGUAAGCAUGGACACACAGAGAUUGUACGUUGUCUGCUUCUGUCAGGAGCUCGGCCAGAAAUCACAAACAAAGACGGAGUAACGUCGGAGAUCAUGGCACUAGCUCAAGGAUUCACUGAUAUAGCAGAACUCGUUAACAAGGUGAAACGGGACAGAGCUGGUAACUUUGUGACCCAGCUGAUCCCGUCCUCCCAACCACUAUCCAGGAUCAAGUUGAAGCUGCUGGGGUCAACUGGUGUGGGGAAGUCCACGCUGGUGGAGACCCUCAAAUGUGGUCUGUUCAGUGGGCUGUUUCGCCGGUCACGCCUCACCAGUCAAGCUUCCACCGAUUCCCACAAAGGUCGGCCACGACUGCCUCGACAGUACAGUUUACCAACACCCCUGUGUUACAGUGUUAGCAAUCCAAUCUACACCAAGGGCAUCAACGUACAACAGGUCUCAAUAUCAGGUAUAGGAGAUGUGAGUGUAUGGGACUUCUCUGGGUACGAGCCCUACUACAUGCUGUACGACCAUUUCCUCGGCGAUUCCAACUGUAUACACAUAAUUGUGUUCAGUCUAACAGACACUUACGAUGAGCAGAUCGCCCAGGUUCACUUCUGGCUCGGUGUCCUUAAGUCUCGAGUACCUCCACACGUCCCUAUCGGUCACUGCGGCCGACUCCCCAACACUCCCAAGGUUAUCCUGGUGGCCACUCAUGCUGACAAGGUUGGCUGCCACAAAAACGCCCGCGGAGAGUAUGUAUGUCCCACUGCCAGUCGGGUCCUGGCAAAGGCCCAACUCAAGUUUGCAUCUGACAUCAAUUUCGUGGAGCGGGUUUUCGUAAUGGAUGCCAAUGUUGCUAUGUCUAAUGAUGUCAAAGCUCUGAAACAACAAAUCGGUGAUAUGCGUACACAAAUCAUUGGGGAACUUCCACGCAGUAAUGGCUUCCUGGAUGCUAUGGUAGCCCAGCUUCCAUCCUGGAGACGGUCCUCAUCAUCCUUCCCAGUCUUAUCAUGGACACAAUUUGUGGAGUAUGUUAGAGCUAAGAUCAAUCCGCUGGCCGGAGAUGACCACAUGAAGAUUCUGGUGGAGGAACUUCAACUCAUAGGAGAGAUUGUGUAUUUGGAGUGUGAUACCUCACAGGACCUUGUUAUACUUCACCCUAAGUGGCUCUCUGAAGACAUCAUCGGUAACCUGAUCAGUCAGGAGAAGAUCAUUCAGUCACGCAUCACUGGCUGUUUCACUGUGGAUGACUUCCAGUUAAUGUACCCAGAGACAGACGCGCUCGACUUACUACAGGUGCUAGAGGCCUUGGAAGUGUGUACACAGUGUGACAAUGAAGGAGAGAUCGAAUACGAGUUCCCAUGUUUGAAUUUCAUAGAGACCCUGAAUGGUCUAUGGCAGAAAGAUUCCAAGAGGUUCGGAAGUGCUGUGUAUGGGGGAGUUCGUAUUCAGACAGACCCAGAGUUGGGGGGACAGCUCAAACAUAUAUUUGCGCGUAUACAGGUGUCGCUGCGUCACAACGUGCUUCAGGAGUCGGAGGACCCUGACGCUGAGUUGUACCAGUGGCACCACGGGUCUAAAUACUGCUGUGGGGAGAUGGAGGGAAUUCUGGGUAUGGAUAGACAUGAACAGCACCUAGAAAUUAAAGUGCGUGGACCAGCGGACAGACAAACUCAAUUGUUUUAUUUCCUGGAGGAUUUUAUGCAUGUCGUGGAACAAACUGCUUUAAGUGUGUGCCCUGGCCUAUGUUUGGAGAGACAUUUAUCAAGCUGUCUGAAUCUAAAGAACCAUUCCAAAACUGUACACGCCUUCUCUCCACUGCAUAUAAUGCGUGCUCAGAGAAACAAGAGUAAUUGUGUACAGUUACCCGAUGGUCGAACUGAAGACCUGGCUGACCUCAUGUUCCUAGGAUCGUUAGAGGUCGUACAAAACGUAACACUAGGUAUAGACCUACCCAUAUCACAUUUGACUGUUCACACCAGACGUAUUCUCAGUAAUAUGUUGGACCCACCCGAGCCAAUGGGCCGAGACUGGUGUCUACUGGCCGUGACCCUUGGACUACAAAACUUACUCCCAGGCCUGGACAAUAGUAGUACACCAGUCAGCAGUAGUGAGAGUAAAACUGACCGCGUGCUGUUAGAGUGGUCUAAAGAGGCCCCUCAGUGUACGAUCGGACAGCUAGUGAGUAAGCUGCUGGAGUUUAACCGCGAGGACGUGGUGGAGAUGGUGCUGAGGACCAGUCCCUUGUUUAAGGUGAUGAUGUAUGAGGAUCACAGCACUGACGACAGCACCAUCCCACCCCCAACCACAGCCUCCACCAACACUCUCUCAAACCUGUCUAGGUGACACAGACUAGCCUAGUGUUACUUGUGUAGGGUGAGGGGGCCUCACCUGCUAACACAACAUCUAAAAUCUCUCGUCUAGAGAUUUAUAUGAGAGAGGUUUGACCAAAUCAACCAAAACAAUUUUCUGUGAUACUUCACUGGAUAUUUCUGAGUUUUAUGAUAUUUCCCAGUCUCAAUUAAUUCCUUAACAUUUUCUCGGACAUGAUUUCUACCAGAAAAUUUUCAUUAUUAAGUAGAUGAUGCUGUCAAUACACAUCUUACAAUAGUUAAGGAAAUGACUUUUCUGACUGCAUGAAAUUUAUGUCUUAGAAAAUGUGAUACAUUGGCAUGUUAAAUUGAUGAGAUCUCUUCAAAACCCUGAUUGUGUAAGCAUAUGUGAUAUGUGAGAGAGAAAAGAGAGGUAUUUAUGUAUGGAUAUCUGUAUUGUGUGUGAUUUUUAUUCCAACUUACUACGUAGCUUCAUUGAUAAUUUGUAGCCUUUUUACUGUAAAUAACUAAGAUUUCAAGAUAUUUAUAAUUUAACAUUACUUUGUAAGGCAUGUAGAUUACCUUCUAUAUCACCUGUGUUCAUAGUAAGAAUUAUUUUAGUAUAUUACAUCUUAAUCCUUUUAAACCCUGAGAGUUUGAACAAUGUACUAAUGUGGAGAGGGCACUAUGACAGAUAUUUUUAGCAUAAAACCAAUUUGUGAGAAAAAAAACGAUGUUCCCAAUAUUAUAGACAGAAAUAACUAGGUAACAUCCGUGUCAUUUCCGAGUGUAUUUACUCAAGACUCAAGAGGGAUAAAUGUCCUGUAGAGGUCACCAAAAUAGGUGUUUUAAAAUUCUCUUUCAUUCCGCAGACAAAUUAUGAUUAUUAGAGGUUGGACGUCAUGCUGAAUACAGUACUAGUUAUUGUUUUAUUUGCAAAUACGGAUUGCGUUAUUUCAGUGAAAUACAAUCACAAAAUAAAAGUAUAUGUAUUAGUGAGAAUUCAGUAGUUUUCAACGGUUUCAUCAGUAGGGAUCUCACAUGUAAAGUUUCUUAUGUCAGGACCCCACGGCUUGGUAUUUCAGGGUUUGUAGAUCUCACAGCAAAAUGUGCCUAAUCUCAAUGUUUUCUCAAUAUCUUUUCUAUUGUCUUCUUAACCGUUCUUUUAAACAUUUUAAUAUCCAUAGCUAUGUUCUAAAUGAAAUAGAUUUUUUAACUUUAAGAUGGCAUAUUUUACCUAUACUUCAAUUGUAUCAAAAACUUGAUUUAAUAUUUGAAACCAUGUUUUAUUCUAAACCUAAAUAUAUUUAAAUAUUUAGAAGUCAUUUUGAUUUAAAGUGAAAUGUGUAGAUACAUUUAGGUACUCUUUUUAUAUAAAGUUAGGCAAUGUUGGUCUGACCUUGCUCGGUUUCAGUCUGACCUUGCUCAGUUUCUCUAUUUCCUAUUCUUACUUUAUACUCUCAUUAUAAUCAAAAUACCUCAUGCACCACAUGACCAAAGCCUUUACCACAUAGUGAUUUUAACCAUUAUCAUGACCAACAAUUAACCAAUCAAAGAACCUCAAAGUAUCACAUGACUUAUAUCAAGUUUAGUUGUACCAUUGAAAUGACCUUAGAGUAUCACAUGACCAUUGAUUUACACCAAUCAAAUGACACCAGUUUAUUAAUGGUAAGCUAUACACCAAUCCAAUCUUAGCAAGGCUAAUAAUUGGGUGAUAUUGCCCGAAAUUUUUACGUAAAAAAGUUAUGUUAUUUAUAACCUGUAUAAUUUAGUGAAAUGUUUGCCUAAGUGAUUCUGUAUCAUGUGACUACUAAUCUGGACCAAACUGCUGAUUCCCUCAAUCUACAUUAGUGAAACAGCGUUGAAACCACGGUACGUUACUAUGGUUACCUGGUGACAACCCUACAGAAUCCAGGAAGUUUCAAACCUCAUGGGAAAAAGACCAAAUUCUUCAUUGAUUAUUGGCACAUCACAAGGUUGACAACCAUGGCAUUGUUAUCUACAUGUGAAGUGGGUUUACAUACUAACUGUACUGGGACCGACUCAUCACACAGGGGGGUGUAGUUUAUAUACGUGGGUAUAAACGGUCGAUAUCUUAGGUAGGGAAUUCUUAGAAAUAUGUACAGAACACACACAUAGUUGUUCUGGGGUUAUACGUUAGGCCACGCAGUACACUAGGAUGUGUAUAUUACUACCGCAAGUUGGAUGUUCUCAUCAUUGUUUGUAAUGUGCUGUCUACAAAGUGCUUUAAAGGGAGGUGUUUGCUCAAGUGAUCAAGUCUGUCUGUCUAAAUAUAUUUAUUACUUUAAGGUUAUUUUGGACACUGGCUCAUGAUGUAUUAAAAAUAUACUGUUAUAGCAAGGUCAAUGGGGUGUGUUUUAGUAUUAAGUCCUUGUUUGUAAAGUCAUAUUACUUAUACCAGUUAUAGGUGUGACAAACCCCAAUACAUAUUACAUAUACCAGGUAUAGGUGUGACAUACCCCAAUACAUAUUACAUAUACCAGGUAUAGGUGUGACAAACCCCAAUACAUAUUACAUUUACCAGUUAUAGGUGUGACAAACCCCAAUACAUAUUACAUAUACCAGUUAUAGGUGUGACAAACCCCAAUACAUAUUACAUAUACCAGGUAUAGGUGUGACAAACCCCAAUACAUAUUACAUAUACCAGUUAUAGGUGUGACAAACCCCAAUACAUAUUACAUAUACCAGUUAUAGGUGUGACAAACCCCAAUACAUAAUACAUAUACCAGUUAUAGGUGUGACAAACCCCAAUACAUAAUACAUAUACCAGUUAUAGGUGUGACAAACCCCAAUACAUAAUACAUAUACCAGGUAUAGGUGUGACAAACCCCAAUACAUAUUACAUAUACCAGUUAUAGGUGUGACAAACCCCAAUACAUAUUACUUAUACCAGGUAUAGGUGUGACAAACCCCAAUACAUAAUACACCAGUUAUAGGUGUGACAAACCCCAAUACAUAUUACAUAUACCAGUUAUAGGUGUGACAAACCCCAAUACAUAUUACAUAUACCAGGUAUAGGUGUGACAAACCCCAAUACAUAUUACAUAUACCAGUUAUAGGUGUGACAAACCCCAAUACAUAUUACAUAUACCAGGUAUAGGUGUGACAAACCACAAUACAUAUUACAUAUACCAGUUAUAGGUGUGACAAACCACAAUAAUUGUGUACUCUGGUAAUAACUACAGGCCAUAAAACCUUGAGUUAAGAAUUAAAGAUCUGAAUUAAUUUUACAAGUGAUAGAACAAUGGCCAUAUAGUUUCACCUCUACUAAACUGUACAACAACUUUAAGUUUUAAAUAUACUGAUAUUUACUGAUUUUAUUGCUCAUUGAUUUACACAAAGUAGUCUUGUUAUACUGUCAUAAAAUCAUCAUUUCUUGUAAACACUGUAUGUUAAACUUAGAUGCAAUGUAAUAUUGUGGUACAUGUAUUAAUUAGUCAAUCCUAGUGGCAUUACUGUAUUUCACCUUCAGUCUCCAUCGCUUGGUAAUGAACCAUAGUCUCUUUGUUAAAUAUACAUUACAUACUAGGGUUUGGAGAUAUUGUCUUCCCUGUGUUUAAGAAUACAUCUUCUUGAUGACUGGGCCCUAGAGUGUUUAUGCUUCCAGGUGAAAACAUUAUAUGGUCAUUUCUAUAUCAUUUUUAUUUGCUGAAUCUGACAAUCCUUGAUGUUAGUUUUAAAUGCUGAUAAAAUAUCAAGGGAUUCAGAAGUUUAGACAUGAUUUUUUCGAAACCAUGAUGUAGAAAAAACUCUCUAUCUUACAUCAGAUGGACUAUACAGUCGAUUGGGUUUUUUUUACAAGCUUUAAUAUGGUUUUAUUCUAUCCCUUCUACACAGAAUAUUACCGGUUCAAACACCUUUAUUAAGGAUCAAAGUAGAUAAUGAAUUGGUCUAUUGAUGUAUAGACUGAAAGCUGAUGUGCACCCUGAAUCAAACCGAUGGGUUUGUGUACACGAUGGGUUUGUGUACACGAUGGGUUUGUGUACAGGGUGUAGUAGCUGUCCCAGCUUCCCUCGUAUAAAGAGGCCUACUCUUAUUUUGCAAUUUAGUUUCCUUAUUGUGAUACCUGGUGCUUUAUUCCUAAAUGCUGGUUUUUUUUUUUAUAUCAUAACUCUAUCCAUGUCGCAUUGCUACAUUUACCAUAUUUUGAUAUUAAACCAGUUUAACCCUAGUACCUGUGGUUAUACAUGUCAGUACUGAGGCGGUCUGGAGAUUUUGUGUCGAAGGCCGAUAUCUCUCCGUUUGUUGAUAUUCGUACACUUUUUGUUUGUCAUUUGUACUGUUAUAUAGUUCUUUUUUAAGUUAGAUUAUAUAUACUUUUAAAUAUGCUCUUUGCACUUAAUGAAAUAAUUUGCCAAAAUGAAUAAAACAGUUAUAAAAUUGAA